UUAACUUUUUUGUUUAAUCCAUCAAUUAGUUUUCAUUUUAUAAAUAAUGUAAAUAAAAUCCUAAUACUUAUGGAUAGUAUUAAUGAAAGUGAUUGUUGUGGUAAUGGGUGUGCCAAUUGUGUGCUAAAUAUUAAACCUGCAAAAUCCCACAAGGCUGACAAAAGUGGCAAACAGAAUAUUCUAAGAAACUACACACAAUUCUGUAUAAUAAAUAAAACUUUGCAUUCACUCCAAGUACACAAUGUAUGGGAACUACACUUUAAAUCUAAACACUACAAUAAUAAAGAUUAUAUACUGGACAUUAAUGCCGGAUAUCAUUUGAUGAUGAGAAAAGCCUUAACGGAAAUGGAAAUAGAAAGAAAUAAAGUAAAUGAAGUGGAAACGGAACGGAAAUAUAUAUUACGUCCUUAUUCACCAUAUUGGUGGGAUGUUUUGGAAAUGGAAUUUAAAAUUUUAGUUAAUAUAAUACCCAAAGGUCCAAUGUCAGAGUAUAUAAACAAAUUAGAAAUUAAUGAUGAAGUGGAGUUUCGUGGUCCCAUAGGCACAUUUGAAUAUCAAACGGAUUUGAAAGGCGAAAAGUGUUUGCUAAUCAUUAGCCAAGGUGUAGCAAUAGCUCCGAUUAUACCCAUAAUAGAGGAUAUCUUAAAUAAUGAGGAAGAUAUGACUAGAAUUAUACACAUUGCAUGCUUUCAAGAUCUUAAACAUGUGUAUUUUAGAGACAAAUUAUAUAAUUUUAGCAAAUAUUGGAAUUAUAAGGUACACAUUUAUUUGUCCAAGGAAUUGUGUGAUAAUACAGAUUGUUUAAAGAACUUACGAUGUCUAGAAACGUGUCAACAUUUUAGAAGUAAACUUAAAUAUAAGGAAUUAAUAAGACCCUGGCGUUUUAAUGAAAAUGAUUUGGAACAAUUAAUGGCUAAUUUGGAGUAUAAAAAAGAAAACACUUUCGUAACAAUUGCAGGCACUGGCAAAUUUCAAAAUUAUUUUAAGAAACUAUGUCAAACUACAAAUUAUGGAAAUUUUUCGGAAAAUAAUAUAUACUUGUUAUAAAAAAAGAUGUUUUUU